GGCUGCAACACCAACCAAACCAAAAGCCACCCCACCAUUUUGCUUUUAAGCUCUUUUUUUUUCUCCACUCUCUCAACGAAACAGCUGAAAUAUCGGUUGACUGGUAAUUCUCCAAAAACCCAAUAGUUCGGAGCAUCCGAAACGAAAAAGUGUCGCGGGUUUUCCCUAUAUUUGGUUAGAGUGGUGAUUAGUUAAGCGGAAAGGGUAGAGUUAGUAGAAAAAAAAGGGAGAGAUGCCAAUGGCGGCGGGGCCAGCAUCGCCGAGGGAACGGGCUCAAGCGGUGGGGUCUGCCAUAGUGCCGCUGGUGCAAGCUGUGCCGGCGGUUUCUGACGUGUUGGCUAAGGACACCAUCAUUUCUUGGUUCCGAGGAGAAUUCGCAGCGGCCAAUGCCAUCAUCGAUGCUCUUUGCGCUCACUUGGCGCAACUUCAAGGAGGUCGUGGUGGAGGGUCGGAGUACGAAGCGGUGUUCACGGCUAUCCACAGGAGGAGGCUGAACUGGAUCCCGGUGCUGCAGAUGCAGAAGUACCACUCCAUUGCUGAUGUGGCGGAGGAGCUGAAAAAGGUGGCUGACAAGAAGACCGUAGGAGGGGACGGAUUCGGCAAGGAGGACGUGACACGUGGUGGUGGAGGAGUAGAAGAAGGAGAAGCAGAAGGAGAAGGAGAAGGCGGUUGUUUGGAUGACGAGAAAGAGAAAGUUUCCCAGAAAAUCAUGGAAAAUGAAGGAAAUGGAGAACUUGGCGGCGAAGAAGAAGAAGAUUCCCUUGACAGUGAUAUUACUGAUUCAGGAUCUCAGGAAGUUCAACAUGUUGAGGAAAACAUUGACAUUUGUUCUAACCAUGAAGAAUGCGAUGCACGCCCGUCUCAGAUCAAGUUGACGAAAGGUUUUUCCGCCAAGGAGCAUGUAAAAGGCCACAUGGUGAAUGUUGUUAAAGGACUGAAGCUGUAUGAGGAAGUGUUCACGGAUAUAGAGCUGGCUAAGCUCAGUGACUUCGUGAGUGAGCUUAGAUCUGCCGGCCAUAACGGGGAGCUGUCAGGUGAGACUUUCAUUUUAUUCAACAAACAAAUUAAAGGCAACAAGCGAGAGCUGAUUCAGCUUGGUGUUCCUAUUUUCAGACACGUUAGAGAGGAGUCCAAUCCGACAAUCAAUAUAGAACCAAUCCCGGCUCUUCUGCAAGGUGUUAUAAAACAUCUGGUCCAGUGGCAACUUAUACCUGAAUAUAAGAAACCAAAUGGUUGCAUCAUUAACUUCUUUGACGAGGGUGAAUAUUCACAGCCAUUUCUUAAACCGCCACAUUUGGACCAACCCAUCUCCACUCUUCUCCUCUCUGAAUCAACAAUGGCUUUUGGCCGCACACUUGUGAGUGAUAGUGAAGGGAAGUAUAGAGGGGCACUCCAACUUCCAUUGAAAGAAGGAUCCCUUUUAGUAAUGAGAGGAAACAGUUCUGACAUGGCAAGACAUGUCAUGUGCCCAUCUCCAAGCAAGAGGGUUAGCAUUACAUUCUUCCGAGUUAGGCCUGAUACCAACCAAGGCCAUUCACCACCAACUGUUCCCCAGGCUGGUGCAAUGCCACUAUGGCAACCAAGUGUGCCAGUUCCAUAUGAAAUGUCCAACGGUGCUCUUAAUGGCUAUGAAGCAUUGGAUAUGAUGCCAAAACUGGGAGUCCUCCGAGGUCCUGUUGUCAUGCUAACUCCUGUGAGUCCAAUGGUAAUGAGCCCCAAAAAACUUCCCUGUGGCGGUACUGGGGUCUUCUUGCCCUGGAAUAUGCUAUCGAGAAAGCCUACCAAGCACCUUCCACCGCGUGCCCAGAAAGGAAACAUGCUUGCAUUGCCUCCUGCUGAGACACAUAUAGCAGAAUCAACUUCUGAACCAGGUAUCAACAUUGAAGGGAAAUUCGGUAUAAGUUAAGAUUGAGACAGCCCUAAGGCGAAAGCAAUAUAACUUGUUGGAUGCAUUGUUCAUGCAGCUGAAGUACUGUAAGAGUUGGUUUGUUUUUCCCCUCCAUUUUUUUUUUCUUUUUCACAGCAAACUUAGGUUCAAUCAAUUCGUGAAGGACUUGUUGAAUGUCAUGGUAGGGCUUUUCUAGAGGUAGCUAAGCUUUUUAAGUUGGAGUGUGAAUUAGCUCUACUGACAAGGCAUUAAUUUUGUAUUAAGUUAUCAGUCAUUUAUAAUUAAUCUUCUUUUACA